CCAAAUUUUAACAGCCAACUUCAGCUCGUUGAAUUCAUGUGACCAUCUGAUCACUGUCGUCUAAAAAAUUUUCAUAAAACGCCCGUGAAUAUUAUUAUCAAGAUACAAUAAUGGGUACAGCAGUAUUUCUUCUUAUCACAAUUUUCUGGGGUGUUGUUGGAAUUAUUGGGCCACUGGUUGUCACCAAAGGACCAAACAGAGGGAUCUUGCAGGUGAUGUUGAUACUCACAGCUUUUACAUGUUGGCUUUUCUGGUUGUGUUGUUACAUGGCACAAAUGAAUCCACUUAUUGGACCAAAAUUGUCAAGUCACACAUUGAUGGUAAUGGCCAAAGCAUGGGGUGAAGAAGUUAAAGAAAUGUAAAUAUAUUAAUAAGUUAUAGGUGUUAUCUCAAUAAUAGAAUUGUUUAAAACCCAAAAUUUAUUAUUCAAUCAUCAUUCCGAAUAGA